GGACAGCAUUUGCAGUCAAUAGCAGUUCUUACUCGUUGUUUCUUUCGUCCCUUCUGCUUAAAGUCUCUCCUUUACCCGCCAGGCAUCCAUCCUCACCUCAGCAGACAGCAUGGACGUCGCGAACCUCGAAGCCGCUUUCGAGCGCAUUACCGUCACCGACGAGAACGACGACCAGCUUGUCACUACUACUACCUAUCAUAAAUCAAAAGGCUCCCUCUCCACCGCAGUAUCAUUAAGCGGCCUGUCGUCUUCCAAUGCCGCAGCGAAUCGCAUGAAGCUACCACUCCAGAAGCUGGCAGCUGCAAACUCGAGCAAAGUCGUCAGCGCAAACAUUACCAAAGUCACGCUCCCAGCACAAGCCACCCAGGGUCGCCCUGAGAACCCUUCGCACCGCCGCACGCUUACCGAGUCUGCACUCUACUCCCAGCCCUCGACUCCCAAGCAAUGGCACCUGGGAAUGUUCGAGAUCGGCAAGCCACUUGGCAAAGGAAAGUUUGGUCGUGUGUAUCUGGCCAAGGAGCGCGCGACUGGCUUCGUCUGCGCUCUCAAAGUACUGCACAAGUCGGAGCUCCAGCAAGGCAAGGUCGAGAAGCAAGUCCGCCGUGAGAUUGAGAUCCAAUCGCACCUCGCGCAUCCAAACAUCCUACGCCUGUUCGGUCACUUCCACGACGCCAAGCGAAUCUUCCUCAUCCUAGAAUUCGCCGGCAAAGGAGAGCUGUACAAGCAUCUCCGUCGCGAGCAGCGCUUCCCGGAAUGGAAGGCUGCGCAGUACAUCGCCCAGAUGGCUGCAGCCCUGAAGUACCUCCACAGGAAGCACGUAAUGCAUCGCGACAUCAAGCCCGAGAAUAUUCUUGUUGGCAUCCACGGCGAGAUCAAGAUCUCAGACUUCGGAUGGUCGGUGCAUGCUCCAAACAACAGGCGCAACACCAUGUGCGGCACGCUCGACUACCUCCCGCCGGAGAUGUUGAGGGGUGGCGGCAAGGAAAACUUCUACUCUGAAAAGGUCGAUCUGUGGAGCUUGGGUGUGCUGACGUACGAAUUCCUGGUGGGAGAGGCGCCGUUCGAAGAUACACAGGUCAUGACGCAGCGGAAGAUUGCGAGGGGAGAGUACACCGUGCCGAACUUCGUCAGUUCAGAGGCCAAGGACCUGAUUAAGAGACUACUGGUUCUUGACCCUGAGAAGCGAAUCGCUCUUGAGGAUGUUGAGCGACACCCAUGGAUCGUUAAGCAUUGCAAGACCGGAGAGCGCGCGUACGACCGUGUUUCAGGGGGCAGGUAUCGAAGCAGCUCAGAGCGGGACAGCUGACCCGUGCGUUCUCAAGCGUGAACGCGUCUGUUAGUUUGGAUGUCGAUCUUCUGCUGGAUGUGAAUUGAGAUUUAGGGUGGUAUUGGCGUUGUAUAGGCCGGAAGGGACCG